GGAAGAUAUUGUCUAACUAUCGGACUAUCAUUUCUAGCUUUAUUUACCCUGGCAACAUUGGAUGUCCUGACUGAAUCUACUGCGUCAUAUGACAAGUCUUUCAAUGUUGGAAAGUCGGAAGACGCCUCAACGUUGUCUCCAUCCAGUCAAUUCGAUUUCCUGCCACCCUAUAUUAACAUCAAGAACACCAUAUCCACCUCAAAAUGUCCAAACUAGACGAAUCUGACGGGAUCCCCUACGCAUGGCAAAAUCUGAACCCAGGCCAGCGAUACAUCAAAGUAGACAACAAGAUGCUUUUUCCAUGCCCACCAGAUGUCAACGUCCUUGAAUUCCCUCCCAAUAAGGAAGUCAUAACCAUUCUCGCCAAACAGAUGGCUAGACUUGUACUCGAAAUUGAUUUUUCCAUUGUUUCGAAGUCCGGACACGGUGUGCGACAUUCCGAAGCGGAAGCAAUGAAGCUUGUCUUUGGGCAUACUUCUGUACCCGUUCCUGAAGUGAUCGUGACGAGCUUUGAUGGUGAGAAAGGCAAUAUCCACAUGACUAUCAUUCCAGGCACCUGUUUAGAGGUAAAGUGGGAUAUGCUUGAUAUCCAGUCUAAGGAGUCCAUCUGUCUGCAACUCUGGGAUCUUAUAUCCAAAUGGCGAGAAAUUCCCCUCCCCUCAAACUUAACUGGUCUUUACCAGUGCGCGGCCGAUGGCUCUCCGUCAAGGGAUCCCCUACUCGAGGAUUUACAGAGUCCAAAGCGGCCGCUAACAAGUGACUCCGAACUCCGGGGCCGGAUCUACGAAAGAUACCUCUACUUCGGCGGCCUUCGGUACAAACACACAUUGCCAGAUAUGUUGCCCCGAUCGGACCGGAGCGUUUUCACCCAUGGUGAUAUCGCACCCCGCAAUAUCAUGAUCAAUGAUGAAAACCAGAUCACGGGCAUUCUUGAUUGGGAAUACGCCGGCUGGUACCCUGACUAUUGGGAGUAUGCGCAGAUUAUGAGGCCCGCUUUUCAUGGGGAUUUUCAGGAUCUGAUGAAUAAGACGGCACCGCAGACGUGGGAUCUUAGUGGUAUUAAUGCUUCGCGGAAGGUUCUGUUUUAAAUUCCUCUCUUGGUUUAUUUGAGUUUGCCUUUUCUGAUUCUGUGGAUCCGAUUAUGUCCAAAUAUUCUGCUGACUUUAUAGACGGCUCUAUACGCUUUUUUGUUGUGCGUUCUUGUCAUUUCUGCUUCUUAUUUUUCACCGUAUACUAUGUUGAUGUCUCUCGAACGGUUAUGUCCAGUUUAUAUAUGAUAUGAUAAAGGAAUGUCUUCUCUGUUCAACUCUGAGAUCGAGCGUGAGACCUCAAUAGGAAUCAAAUCAG